CGAACGCGUAACCUCACAAGGCGCAAACAUGGACGUGGAUACUGCGAGCGAUAAUACGUCUAUUGAUGACAAGAUAGAUGAUUUCUGUGAGAAUCCUACGCGAGAUGCUUUGACAGAGGGUCUUAUGAGUCUGUUGAAGCCUACGGUGGAUCAAUUGGACGAAAGAAUCCGGGCUACAAGGAUAUGUCAAAUAGAAUUAAAGCAGCAGAUCGAUUCUUUAACUGAGGAACUUCAGAAGACCAUUGAAGCUCUGCAAUAUCCAUUAGAUACAGAUUCUUAUGUAAAGAAGCUUAUUAAUGCUAAACAUAAGAUAACCAUUGUCAGCAACAUUCUGCAAACUACUCAGGAGCGAUUGAACAAGGUACAUCAAGAUGUUGAAAAAAGCAUUGCCAAAAAGAAGACAUUGUUAGAUAAUAGUUCUGCAUAUAGCAGUGUUACUUCUGAACCCGAUAAGGAAGAACCAACAGUUCCUGAUAAGCAAUAGUUCUAUAUAUAUAAUUUGUUUAAGUAAAAUAAUAAUGUGAUAUUACUUCCAAAUUGUGCUACUUACUUGCAAUUAUUUUACACAUUUUAUAUAAAAAC